GAAAGCUGAGAUGCUGUUUAAAUUUAUCGAGAAAAAAAACUAUAAAUAUUAUCUAAGAGACUACAAAAUAGUUAAAUUUAAUAAUGUUAUUAAUAACGAAAUGUUUUAUAGUUGAAUUUCCAAAGGAAAGAUAAAACAAAACUGAAGUCUUAUUUUUGAAUCCCCGAAAAUUAACGUACUUUUAUAAAUUCAUUAUUGAACGGAAGAACACAUCCAGCCACACUGAAGUAUAGCUUAAAACCCCGUUAAGAAAUAGUUCUAUCAGCAUUCAUGCUUAAGCUCGUUUCUUCUUUUCCUAGAACUUGAACGAAUAAAACUUAUUGAACUUGACACAGGAGAUCUAAAGAAACAAAAAAACAAAACGUUUGUCCAUAUCAUCACAUUUUCUCAUCCAUUCGUAGUUGAAACAUUUCUCAACUCUCAUUCGAACGGCAAGACACAGCAAAAACAAACCACAAGCAACCACCAACGGAGGUAGCGGUAUCAUAAUGAUUAGGAACUCGUCGAACAAAAAACAACACUUUAUUCGCUUAACUUGAAAGCUUUAAAUCUUCCAAAACUAUCAAAUUGUUGUCUCUUACUUCUUCGGGCGGAACGACCAUGCACAAUCGGAUUCAACGAUCAAAAAUGGAUUUAUUUCUUUUGUUUUGCUGAUCUACCUUCUCAGAACGAACAACAAUAGUCGGUUUUCGGAUUUUCAGUUCACUCGGAUAGCGCUUCUCAUUAUCCGGGAAUUCAAAUCUAUCGAACAAAUCUGAUUUCUCGGACAACAGUUCUAGGCCGAACCGGAGAACCUUUUUUGAUUCGAAAUGGUUUUUGAACAGAGCACACCAACAAACACACCCACACGACAACAUGCAGAACGCGUGCAGCGAGGAAGAGUAAGAGUUUAAGACUAUUUUAUGCAUAUCAGAACAAUAUAAGUAAAAUUUUGAUAAGAGCGAGAGAAAACCCCGUGAAAAAAAAACAUAAAUACACACACAAACACAUGAACACACACCGCAAGAAUAAUUCGAAACCUGAGUAAGCAGCGGAGUUUACGAAAUGGAUGUGAGUUUGCCUAAUAUAAAAGAAAUCAGUUAGCUUGAAGAAGGAGAGCAAACGUAUUAAAUUAAAAAUUAUUCGGAAAAGCAAGCGAAAUCGUUUAUGGAAGGAUCGGGGAGUUACGGAAAAGUAUAUCCACAACAAAAACGCUUUCCGCAAACUGAUGAAUGUGUACAAUGCAACAACAGCAAAAAAUUACAAAAAAAAACAGCUAAAUGCUUUCUCAUUUUUUGGCACUUUCUGAUGGCAGCAUAGCCACUCGGUUAAACAGAUGAGGAUUUCAACAACAAAAAAUGCAUGUAGCAAUGCAGAGCUUCUAAUAUAGUGUAACAGUUGGCGCCCAAUGCCAAUAUAUAACAAAAAAAAAUGAACGAUACCACUGCGUCGAAUAUUACAAACAAACAAAAAUUGACAAAAUUAAAGUAAUCACGUCAACAGUGUUCAUAUAACGAUUGGCUGGGGUUCGAGCGUUAUUGAAAAAUCACCCAUUUUUUCACCCAAGUUUUCGUACAGCAGAUCGUAUCGGAUAUCCCUCCAUCCCAUAGCUGAGGAUAUCCACCAGCAAAAGUGUACAAAAUUCCGUUUUUCUUCUACGAAUAAAAUAUCAGAAGACAGUCAAAAAGGCGCUUGGUGCAGAAUCCCGACCAAUUAGGAUGAUAUCUUCCUAAGCACUGAA